AGGAACAUGAACGCAGCAGCAGGAUGCGGAUAUGACGCGUCGGAUGUUGCGUACUGGGUGACAUCGUUCAAAAUGGCGGCGCUGGCGUCCUUGAUGCUAAAAUCCCGAGCAAGUCUGCUGGCUCCCAGUCAUUCCUGUCUGCUGGAGUCGUCGAGGUUUGCGUCGAAGAAGUCCGGAGGCAGCUCGAAGAACCUCGGAGGGAAGAGUCCUGGCCGGAGGUUUGGCUUCAAGAAACAAGAUGGCGACUUCGUCCAUGCUGGGAACAUCCUCGCCACACAGAGGGAGAUGAGGUAUCACCCCGGAGGACACGUGGGCAUGGGUACCAACAACACCCUGUAUGCGCUGGAGGACGGCUUCGUCAGGUUCACCAAGGAGGUCUACAUCCCAGCGCCCCGAAGCCCCGAGGCCACCAGCGUCAUCACCAAGCUGCCCCGAGGAGCCGUGCUCUACAAGACCUUCAUCAGCGUGCUGCCCGUGAAACAGGAGGGCAGAUUCAAGCUGGUGGACCUGGUCUGAGGGAGUCGGAGCCCGGUGGGGACUCUUUUCUCUUUUUCAGGAACAAUGCCAGAGAAGUCGGUGACUCUGGGCUUCUUACAUCCCGUUGGAUUAUACUGACGGCUGGAAAUGCUGAGCGAACCUCUAAUCAGUGAUGCUUUUACAGGUUUCCUGUUGCAUUCAGAACCGCUUCUCAUUAAAAAUGAGCCUGUCGGGGAUGUAUUUAUUAUAGUUUCAGAAAAACGCAGCAUAUUAGGCAUUAGACGGAUUAGUGAGAUGUGAUAUUUAAUCCAGAUUUCUCUUCAGUUUAAGGUCAAUGCCCAUAUUUGGUCUGCUCUAAUAAAGUUUUAUAUAUAAAAAUCCUAA